AUGUCGCGUAAUAAAAGAAAAGGUAAAGGUACUGGUCCAGGCGAAGGGUCUCGCAAUACUCCUAAUGUCAAUCUUAAGCCUCGGAGAACACCACGAAAUAAUGGUAAUUCUCCUCAAGGCAGCGGAGGGCGUGGUCACGGACACGAUAUUGGAGUAUCUAACGAAGAAAUAGAACGAGUUAAUGCUAGACAACAUAACGCUCUUUUGGAAAAUUUACAAUCCUCUGCACUUUCAUAUGAUGGAAGUGACAAGCUUGUUUUCCUUUCUAGUAAUAAUUUGGAGGGUGCGUGGCGUAACUUGAUCAGAAAAGAAUUCCGCGAUCAACGAAUGAUUAAAUACUUCAUCACGUCAUGUUUGUUGGAUGCUGAUAAACAGACUGGUGUGGCAAUAGAAACUCUCGUAGAACAAUUGGGAAAUCCUAAAUUGGGCAUUCUUCGAUUACGAGAGAUUUGUCAGUACAAAAUAUCUGUUGAUGCUGGAUUCAAAAAAGAUACUGCUUCAUUUCAAAGUGUUAUUCUUCCCUUUCUUGCAUUAUUGAUCCGUCAUGGGGUACGCGGUUCGACUUUGGAAAGACAAGUUAACACCAUAUAUUCAGUUGUUUAUACUUAUAUUGAUACAUUCUUUCAUGAUAAUAUUAUGAAAUGUUUAGAUGAAUUAGUUAGAAGAAAUUCACUUCAAGAUAGAGGUGAUAAGGAAAAAUCGUUAAACAAAGAUCCUAAUAUUUUUAUUCCUUCAACAUUUGACUCUUUGAUGACUGAACGUCAAUUGAAAGUUCAAUCUGACGACGCAUUGGUCUCAGAUCUUGAAAAGAGGCGAUAUUAUUUUGAAAUUUUAAAUCACGAAAUGAAAAAACUCGAUUAUGUUUUGUCAGAUGGGCGUAAAUCUCUUAUCGCAGCAAGAAGCGAAGUCAAUAAUACUAAUAAUACUGUAACUUCUGAACUCGUCGUUCAAAGCCGUGAAUUUGCGCGAAUGAAUGAAUUUGAAAGAUUGUAUGAUCCACCUGAUCCUUAUGAUUCCUUAUUGUUAAAUGUACAAGAUGAGACAUCAAGAGAAAAUGCAAUUAGAAAGUUAGCAACGCCAAAUGUUAGUGUUUUUGAUGAAACACAAGCUAAAGCAUUGGUUGACGCUUUGUCAAGAGAAAUCGCUUUAAUUGAAGAUUUUCCAGAUCUUUUAUUAAAUAUCGAAAGUGAAGAAAGCAACGUGCUUCCAGAUGAAACGGAUAAGAAUGGCGAUAAAGAUGAAUGGACAACCGUUGGUGAAGAGAAACUGAAAAAUCAAUCGAUAUGGGAUCAAUGGAUUAAUGGCGUUGAUAUUCGACGACGGGAACAAUUAGUUCAAGCAAUUUAUCGCAAUCAAAAUGCAACUGAAAAGAACAUGUCAAAAAAAGGAAAAGAAAGAGACGAUCUAAACGAAAGACCUAAUAAUAUGUAUGAAUUUCUUAAAAAUAUCCCUCGGGAUGAUGAGACUGCUGAAGAUGGUGAUGAAAGCGAAGAAGAAAAUGCUGAAGAUACAUUUAAUUACGACGAAUCGCAAAAAAUUAGACAAAAUAAUGGUAACAAUUACAUAAAAAGCGACGAAACUGACGAAACCGAGUAUUGGCUUCAGAAGUUGGUUAUUCCAGAUGGGGAUCGAGAUUUAGAAACAUUACUUGAGGACACAGAUGUAUGGAAUAUGUCUAGAGUUGAACGUAAACGUCUACACGAUCAUCUCCGUGAGGCAAUUCGUAAAGAAGUUAUCAUUGAUCUUGCAGAUUUUGAAAUGAAGAUAAUUAUCGUAGAAGAAGCAGGAGAAGUUUUAGAAGCUCACAUAUUAAGUGCGUUAACGCCUUCUACGCAGCAUUUGAUCCUAAUCGGUGAUCAUCUGCAACUACGUCCGCAUAUUGCUACGUAUACAUUAUCUGUGGAUAGUCAACCUGGCGAAUAUUUCAUGUUAGAUAGGUCUUUGUUUGAACGUUUAGUAAACGAAGGUGUUACUAUGUCACAAUUAACUAUUCAAAGAAGAAUGAGACCAGAAAUUGCGGAUUUAAUUAGAGGAACCUUGUAUCCAAAGCUUACCGAUGUUAUCGAUGAAAGAGAUAAUCAAGAUAUUACAGAACUUCUUGGUGAAGCAGAUCCAGAAUAUGAAAAUCCUAUUGGAACAGUGUCAAUUGCAGAGAAACGUUCAUUACAACGCCAAGUUACGUUGAAGACUGUGGAUAACUUCCAAGGAGAAGAAGCGACAAUAGUUAUUGUAUCCUUAGUUCGAAAUACGACAAGUGGCAGCCAUGGAAAUAUCGGGUUUCUAAAAUCAUCAAACAGAACAAAUGUCCUCUUAUCUCGUGCCAAACAUGGAAUGUUCAUGUUAGGUAAUGCGGAAUUGUUAUCUGAACGUUCAGAUAUGUGGAAGUCUGUAAUUGGCUUAAUGCGUAAAAGAGGUCAAGUUGGAGAAACAUUCCCAAUCUUAUGUGAAUCACAUCCAGACAUUAUAAACUAUAUCGAAAGUCCUGAGGAAUUCCAGAAAAGUUCACCUGAUGGCGGUUGCAAUUCACCUUGCCGUCGUCUUAUGCCUUGGUAUAUUUUUAAUAAUGAUUUUGAAAUAUUGUGUGGAGAUCCAUGCGGCGAAUGCCAAAUCAUUGUAGAAGAUAUCUUAUUGUCUUGCGGACACUAUUUUACCUCACCGAAAUGUUAUCAGUCACAGGAUCCCAAAUCUAUCAUGUGUUAUACCAUGGUAACUCGUAUUUUACCAACUUGUGGUCAUGAGCUCAAUGUACGUUGUAGUUCAUCUAUUGAUUCAUUACGUUGUGACCAUGAAUGUGGAAUCAUAUUGGAAGGCUGUGGACAUUCAUGCAAAAAUAAGUGUUGUGAGUGUCAAAAGAGGUCAAUUGCAGCAAACAACAAGGAGCCGAAAAUUGACCAACAAGGCCAUAUCGUGAGAACUAAUCACCUGAAAUGUAUACAACGAUGUGGACGAAUUCUUUAUUGUGGUCAUGCUUGCGCAGCAUCGUGUCAUAAGGGAGCGUGUCCACCUUGUAAAGAAAAUUGCUCGGUCGAAUGUCACCACUCAAAAUGCACGAUGAAGUGCAGUGAACCAUGUAUUACAUGUGCCGAACAAUGUAAUUGGAUUUGUGAACAUCAAGGUGGUUGUGCGCUUUCUUGCAGCGCUCCGUGUAGUCGCUUGCCUUGUGAUUUACAGUGUCAAAAGUUAUUAUCAUGUGGGCAUCGUUGUGUUAGUGUCUGUGGCGAAGAAUGUCCUCCACAAAAAUAUUGUGUAUUAUGUGCGAAUGACGAAAUUAAAUCGCAAGUUGUCGAUAUUUAUUUGCAAGAAUCUUUUGAGGAGGUGGACUGGAAAGUACAUAGAUUGAUUGUAUUGGAAUGUGGUCAUUGUUUCACUAUGGAAUCAAUGGAUUCACUUAUGGAACUUGACAAAUAUUACGUCAUACGUGAAACAACAUGGAUUGGAUUAAAGAUUCCUCCAGAAGAAAUGUCAAAGGUUAAAUGUUGUCCCAACUGCAGACAUCCAAUUAACAGUAUUCGUCGUUAUGGACGUGUAAGUAAGAAAAUAACGCUUGAUGCGGCAAAAAUGAAAUUCCUACAAAAAUAUACAAGAUCAUUAAAAAAUACACGAGAUUCAUUAGAAAAAACAGUUAAGGAAUUAGAAAAUAAAAGGGACCAAUUCAUUGAAAAGAUUGUAAAGUCCGCAAAAGAAAAAUCAAUAGGAAAAGAUUAUUAUAAAUCUCAAGCAUUGAAUACCAAAGUUCCUGAACUUACGCCGGUGCAGCAAUUCGCAGAGAUUGUGCAACAUGAUAUUUCCAAGGUCCAUGAAACACUUUGGGCAAAUCAUGUUUUUCGCUUGAUUGGCUGUUAUCGAGAGAUAUUCUUAAUCAUGACGGGCACCAAGGAUCCUCCAUACAAACGUGCAUUCGAUGCAGCUGUUGUAAAUUUGUAUCAUUUAAGAUCAGCUGCGGAAACAGAGAUCGAUGUAUUGAAACUUGCCGAACAAAUGGAGACCCUUAAUUUGUCUGGAAAGAGUUCUAUGCAUCAAUUAACUCUACAAAGGGAAUGUCUUCAACAAGUUGGUAUUCCUUUGCCUGUUGUUAGUUAUGGAAUCUAUGUCAAAGCAUUUUUUGAGGUCGUGCAUAUUCAAAAAGUAAUGUUCAUGGAAGCCAAACAUGUUGUUCAUGCUUUGGAUUUGACAUUACAUGAAAACAUUAAUCAAUUCUAUUUACAAUCAGUUCGUGAUACAACCACGCUGCAAUCUAUCAGUAUUCGUAACUCUUGGAUCAAGUUUACAAGAUUUAUUUUAGAAACGACAGUUGAACAUCUUAAAAUUAUUUGUGAAGUUGCAAAAGAAACCAAAUAUUAUAGAGAUUACGCUUUUGCUUUAUUAGAGUUAAGUGAAAUUCAAUGUCAUCAUGGAGGUUUCAUCCUAAGUUAUGAAAUUAUAGAUUCUAAUAAAUCAGCUUCAGAACAAGCGACAAGGAUAAAGAAAUCUGUUUCGAGACUUUGUGAAGAUGUUCAACAGUCACUUAUAAGUUUACAGAGUUUAAUUGGAUUAAUUGAUGGGGAGUAUAUCCAAAAACAGUUUAUUUCACGAAUGCAACAGAUAUCUAAGGAUGUUAAUGAAUUGGAAAAUUGCAGAGGUAAAGCUAUUUUGAGAUCUGAAAAGUUAGAAAUCUUCAGAGCGAUGAACAUUGAACUUCAAGGUUCAGGUCAUUGGUAUCAAUGUCCAAACGGUCAUACAUAUGCGAUUGCAAACUGUGGAUUAGCAAAUCAAGCAAGUCAUUGUCCGGAAUGUGGAGCUAAUGUAGGAGGAAUUAAUUAUAAUUUAUCAGCUGGAAAUACUAGAACUAUUCCUAUACCUACCGACUCUAAACUCGUAAUUGCACGUAAUGGAGCGGUUGCAGCAGAACAGCAGGAUUGUUCCAAUAUUGGUGUUGAAAUACUUAAAGAAGGGGGUUCGGCUGUUGAUGCUGCUAUAGCUGCAGAACUAUGUGUUGGUACCAUAAAUGCUUUUUCGGCCGGUAUUGGAGGAGGAGGAUUUAUGAUAAUUCGUGAUUCUGAUGGAACAUCCGAAACUAUUGAUUUUCGAGAAAUUGCACCCGCUGCUGCAAAUAAUAGUAUGUUUAAAGAUGAUCCGGAACUCGCUAAAUAUGGUGGACUUUCUGUUGGUGUUCCCGGGGAGAUUCUUGGAAUGGAAAUCGCACAUAAAAAAUAUGGAAAAUUACCUUGGAAACGUCUAUUUGAACCUUCAAUCAAAUUAAGUCGUGAUGGAUUCAAAAUACCGUUUGAGUUAUCAAAGCGUAUGAGGGCUUACAGAAAAGACCUUGAGGGAACACCAGAUUUGGCUGCUAUUUAUGCACCAAAUGGGAUAUUGUUGGGUGAAGGAGAUUUACUGAAACGUUCAAAUUUUUCUAAAACUUUGGAAUUAAUAGCUAAUAAUGGAUCUGAUGUGUUUUAUAAAGGAUCGAUAGCUGAUUCCAUCAUAAAAUCCAUUCGAUCUACUGGUGGAAUCAUGACCCAUGAAGAUUUAGCAACUUUUAAACCAAUUAUAUCGAAACCUAUUCAAGGAUAUUAUCACGGACGAAAGGUUAUGACGUUAAAUACUCCAUCUGGUGGACCUGUUUUGUUGAGUAUGUUAAACAUAUUAGAAGGUUAUCGAUUGUCAAGGGAAGGUCUUGAUGGAAAGAAUUUGCACAGAAUAAUAGAGACUCUCAAGUUCGGAUUUGCUAUGCGUACUGAAAUGGGUGAUCCAUUAUUUACAAAUAACUUAGAGCGUAUUGAGGAAAUAAUGACCAAGGAUUUUGCGGCUAAAAUAAGAAAGAAUAUAUCAGACUCUAUAACUUUCGAACCAUCAUAUUAUAAUCCAAUAUAUGAUGUGUUAGAAGAUCAUGGAACAACGCAUGUUUCGGUUGUUGAUAAAUAUAAUCAAGCGGUAUCUUUGACUUCAACGGUUAAUUUAAUUUGGGGAUCAAGAGUCUUGGAUUCGGAAACCGGUAUUUUACUUAAUGAUCAAAUGGAUGACUUUUCUAUACCUGGUGUUCCAAAUUAUUUUGGCUUAAGGCCUUCUCCGUAUAAUUACGUUCAACCGAAAAAGAAACCCUUGUCUUCAUGUGUCCCAGUCAUAAUUGAGAAAAAUGGAGAAUUCGAAAUGGCUAUUGGUGGUAGUGGAGGUUCUAGAAUCCUUUCUUCAAUCCUUCAGGUGUUAUUGAACGUGUAUGAAUUUGACAAAGAUAUUUUAGAAUCCAUAGAUGCACCUAGAGUACAUCAUCAAUUGCUUCCAAACGAAAUAUCAAUUGAAACUGGAUAUUCAGAGAAAUUAAUGGAAGAACUUAGAAAAAGAAAUCAUUCGAUAACGAUUGUGGAUUUUAAUGCAGGAAAAUCAGAAAUUCAAGCCGUAAUGAGGUUAUCUAAUGGACUAGUUAAUGGUAACCGCAAGUGA